CGCCCGGCGCAGGCCCGCCUCCCCGCCGGGUUGGAGGCCGCUUCCUGAAACGCCCGGAGAUCCGCGGGAGGCUGCGCCGGGCGCCACCGAGACUUCAGGCCCGGAGCUCUCCCGGCGUCUCCGGCUCUCCCGACCGCCGUUCGUGCGUGACACCGGGGCUCCAGGCGGAGUAGUAGGCCCGUCCCGGGCGCGUGGCCGCGGCCUUGCGCGGUGCGUCGUGGCUGCGAGAAGGGAGGACCCGGUGCCGCUUCCACGCGCUUUCCCAGACGCCGGCUGUUUUAUCUCACCCCUUUGCCAGAAGAAGUCAUGCCACCAAGAAGAAAUGGGAAACCUAAACUUCCCAUUCCACUUCCAGAAGGCAAAGUUCUGGAUGAUACAGAAGGGAAGCAAUGGGUACUGGGCAAGAUGAUUGGCUCUGGAGGAUUUGGAUUGAUAUAUUUAGCUUUCCCCCCAAAUAAACCAGACAAAGAUGCAAGAUAUGUAAUAAAAGUGGAAUAUCAAGAAAAUGGUCCAUUAUUUUCAGAACUUAAAUUUUAUCAGAGAGCUGCCAAAAAAGAUUGUAUCAAGAAAUGGAUAGAACUCAAACAGCUUGAUUAUUUAGGAAUUCCUGUGUUUUAUGGAUCUGGUCUGACUGAAUUCAAGGGACGAAGUUAUAGAUUUAUGGUAAUGGAAAGACUAGGAAUAGAUUUACAGAAGAUCUCAGACCAAAAUGGACCUUUCAAAAAGGAAACUGUCCUUCAACUUGGUAUUCGGAUGCUGGACAUAUUGGAAUAUAUACAUGAAAACGAGUAUGUUCAUGGUGACAUAAAAGCAGCAAAUCUACUUUUGGGUUAUGAAAAUCCAGAUCGGGUAAGUACAGUUUAUCUUGCAGAUUAUGGACUUUCCUACAGGUAUUGUCCCAAUGGGAACCACAAACAGUAUCAAGAAAACCCAAGAAAAGGCCAUAAUGGGACAAUAGAGUUUACCAGUUUGGAUGCCCACAAGGGAGUAGCCCUGUCCAGAAGAAGUGAUGUUGAAAUCCUGGGCUACUGCAUGCUGCAGUGGUUGUGUGGGAAACUGCCCUGGGAACAGUACCUGCAGGACCCGGUGGCUGUCCAGAAUGCGAAAAGAAAUCUUUUAGAUGAGCUUCCAGAGUCAGUGCUUAAAUGGGCUCCUUCUGGAAGCAGUUUGUGUGAAAUAGCCCAAUUUUUGAUGUGUGUUCAUAGUUUAGCUUAUAAUGAAAAGCCAAACUAUCAAAAACUCAAGAAACUUCUCAACCCCAAUGGAAUACCUUUAGGACCACUGGACUUUUCCACUAAAGGACUGAGUAUUAAUGCAACCAAUCAAAUUGAUUCCAAAAGGGCUGCAGCAAAACAAGCGAUUCAGAUGCAAAACAAGUUAAUAGAAAAAGUCCGCAGUGAAAGAAGUGCUAAGUCCUUUGCAACUCCAAGAAAAAUGGAGGAAGAACAUCAGCUGUCAGGGUCAAUGCACAAGGACACAGCAGCACAGGAAAGCACAAGGAGAAGACAAAAACAUCCUGAAUCUUCAGAACUUUUCAAUGGAGUAAAGAACUUCCCACAAAAAUAUAAUUAUAUGGAAUUUCAAAAUUCAUUUUGUGAUCCCUAUCAAAAUUUUGCCAGUCAGGGUGUGAUCAAGAAGUCAAGGUCUCCAUCUUGUUAUACAUAUACUAACACAGUCACAGAUUUAGAAAGUUCUAAAGGACUCUGGCCUACAGUUUCCCAGUUUACUCUGAGCGAAGAAACAAAGGAAGAUGUAUUUUAUUAUGGCAUCACCAUACUUUUGCUUUUGAUGUUAGUAUGUCUUGCUUUAUAUCUUCUCUGAAGAUAUCAAAUAAAACCUCUCUGACAACUU